UGGCUUCUGGACCCCGGAGUGGGCAAGGGGGCGACUCACGCGUAUCACAAGGAGAGUCCUCAGGACCCCUACAGAAACGUCUCCCGGGACCUGAGCAACGAUGGAGAAGAGAGCCCUAAAUCCACCGCCUGUGUUCUUGACAUCAUCCAGGGGACGAGGUGACACUGGACUCAUUCCACCUUCUCACUUUGAAGCCCGUCGCCAGCGGCCGGCUCCUCCGCUCUCUUCGCCCGUUCCACCAUCUACUGAGGCCGAGCUUCUAACAGAACUGACGAAACUGAAAGAGGAGAAUGAGGUGCUGAAAAAGAGGCAAGAGAAAGAGGGUGCGAGGGCCAGGUCUCUAGAUCGUUACCUGCCAGAUGUUCCACCAUCGGAGUCCAAGGCGUUGGAAAUUAUUGCCCAUCAAAUGAGGGAAAUCCAGAAACUGGAAAAAUUGGUAGCUGUUGCUCAACAGAAGGAAGAAGAAAGGCUGAGGUUGGCACAAGAAAUGGAAGCAUUAAAGCGGGCAUGUAGAGAGGCUGAGCAGGAAGAAGAGAGGAGGAGGCAAGAAGAGGAGAGGAAAAGACAGGCCAAGGAGGCUGCUGAGAUUGAGAAGCUGCAGAAGCUGCAGUUGUUAACGGAGAGUCACAAGAUGGAGUCUGACAAGCUGAAGAUCAGAGUGCAUGCCCUGGAAUCACAGCUCCGAGAAGAACGGGAAGAGAAAAUACUGGAGGUGAAGCAUCUGAGAGAAGAGCUCCAAGUGACCACUGAAAAGAGAGAGGCUCUGGAAGCGGACUUCAGUCGGUCCCAUUCAGAGCUGGAAUCCCAGAAGACCUUGGUGCUGCAGCUGCGGACCUACAUAGGCGAGCUUGUUCCGGAUCAACAAGUGGAAGAGCAGAAGAGGGAAAAGACUGAACUGAAGAAUACAAUACAGCUUUUGCAGAAAGAAAGAGAUGCUCUGCAGACUUCUAUGUCACUCCUGCAAACCCGGCUGUCAUCGCUCACACACAUUUUAUCCCUGCAGGAAAGUGAUCUCUGUAAAAAAGCAGAUAAACACUUGGGUGGACAGAAGACUCAGCAGCUGCUUAAACUGUGGAGGGAGAAGGUGUUCAGUUUGAUGGUUCAGCUGAAGUCAGAAGAUAUCAACCGGGAGAAUGACAGUAGGAAGAUACAAGACAAGAUCUGCUCUCUGGAAAAUUCUCUGCAAGAAAGCAGUCAGCAGCUAGCAAUCUACUCGCAUGCCAUGCAAGACCGCACCGCAGAGCUGGAGAUGGAGAGGGUCAGAAACAAAUGCUUACAAGACAAGUUGACUGCGGCACAAGCUACAGCCACCUCCCUGUCCAGCCGAGCGGAAAAAGCUGAGCAAACGGUGCUAAAACUAAAGCAAAUGAUCGACAGUUUUGCACAGGCUUUCUACAAACAAGAAAACUCCUUCCGGGGAGCAUUGCAGCAACUGGUGACGCUGGGACAGAGGGUUACCUUCGCUACCAAGAGAGUGGACACGAUACAGGGUUUGGUGGCCCAGAGACUGGCCCUGACAAAGCUGGGACGAGAAGAGCAGGCCGGUAACACGGCGACAGAGGACGACAUAUGUCGCUUGUCCUAUGAGGAUCUAAUGGCUGAAGUGAGUCUCCUAAAUGAGGAGCGAGACCGUCUGAGUGCAGAGCUCAAGCGCAGCGCUCUAAUCAUUGAGGGCAGAGUGACACAGACCAGAGAAAAACUGGAAGCAGAAAUCGAGGCCUGUCACCACACUGCAUCUCUUCUGCGCUCUUCACUUCAUGAGACAGAAGAGAGGGAGCGUGUCCUGAGAGAACAGGUUGUGGACCUUGAGAGGAGACUUCAGGAAGCUUGCGAGACCUCAACACAACUGCAAGAGCAACUGCGGGAUCAGAAGGAGGACUAUGAGAAAGAGCUACAGGACAAAGUGAGAGCCAUAGAAGAAAACACAACGCAGCAGAUGGCUCAAAUGGAGAAGCAUCUACAUGAGGCCAGAAGAGAGCACACUAAAGCAGUUGUAGCUUUGAGACAGACUGAACGCCAGAUACAGCGAGAGAAGACACGGAGCCAGGAAACCACAAGUACAAUAGAAGAUGCCGCUCGAGUGAGAGAGGAACAACUUGUCCGCCAACUACGAGAUGCAGAAAGAGAUAAAAAUCUCAUGAUGGCAACUCUCCGGCAGGAAGGAUUAUUUGCCUCCUACCAGAAAACACGGAUGUCAGCCGUCCAGUCCAUAGAGAUUGUGAACGACUACGUACUGAGUCCAGCAGAAGACGCCGGAGCCAGAUGUACUCCAGCUGCUAAAGAUUCUAUAUCCAACAUGGUCGCCAAUCUGCAGAGCCUUGGAGCCUCUGUACUUGCAGAUGAGGAAGAUGACGAUGAAGAAGAUUUCAGCCACUAGAUGGCAGUCAAUGGCAUUUCCACCCCGUAUGAACUUUACACCACUGCAAACUUACAGUCAGACACUGAGAUAUUGCUGGAAAGGACACAAUCGGGAAUGAAUUCUGUAGAUUAAAUGGUAGAACCAUGUUGUCCUGCUGUGAAGUGUAUAACGCAAAGACUACACGCAGCCAGCCGCAGUUGUCGUACAAUGGUGGGGUUUUAUUGAAGAGGUUCUCUG